UUUGAUUAAGAGAAAGUUUUUCUUCAGCUCAAGGGACACGAAUAUUCCCUUCUUGAUAGUAACGCUUCUAAAAGAGUCCAAUUUGGGGAGACGGGGCGAUCUCUGAUAUGGAUCAAGUGCCAUCUGUGCCCAAUUUACUCUCGGGUCGUGGAUUAUUGAAUUGAAUGAUAUGGGUGAUUAUCGACAAAUGCUUUGAGCGCAUUAGGUGGUCGUGUGAAACACUAAUAGUGUUUGUGUCACGUGUCUGGCUGAGAGACUACUGGGGGGACAGACGCUUUAAAGACCGCGCUCCGGUCAUCUCAUUCACGCUGCAAGACUGAUAGACAGAAGCAGAGGAGUCCAAACUCCGAGGGAUCAUCACCACUGAUCCGGUCUGAUGAAGCUCGAAGACAAGAAGUAGGCUAAACUAUGAGAAGUUCCUCUCCACACGCGUAAUUACGCACGUCAGCCCUUUCCCCUUAUUUAAAGGUGUUUCUCGAUAAAGGAUGCUGGACCCCAAGGACUGUGGAGUGACAAUGACGUCCAGCCAUAAGAUUUCCUUUUCUAUAAUUGAUAUAUUGGAUCCGAAGAAAUUCAACAGCAAAAGGGUAAAUGAACUUUCGAUCAUCGCGGAGAAGUUUCCUGUGCCAAAUGCAGAGGGAACAAGUCUGGACUCGGACAGCACCGCAGGCGGAGACUUCAGAGUUGAGCGCACGGAAUCAGGGGAGGAGACAGGAUAUGAACCCUCCGCAGCCUCCAGGCAUCAUGCAGUUGAUACAGACCCUCUUCUGCUCUCCCCUCCGGCUGAAACAGAGCCCUGUCUCACAGGAGAGCAGGACGAUGGAGAGUCAGAUUCCCUGCAGGACCCAUCACCGCACAAGCGGCGGCGCCCAGAGCAGGCCUGUGCCAAACCACGGCGCGCCAGAACAGCAUUCACUUACGAGCAACUGGUAGCUCUGGAAAACAAGUUCCGCACAACUCGGUAUCUGUCCGUGUGCGAGAGACUAAACCUGGCCCUGUCCUUGAGUCUGACCGAAACCCAGGUGAAAAUUUGGUUCCAGAACAGGAGGACCAAAUGGAAAAAGCAGAACCCCGGGGCGGACAGCACCUUGCAGCCCGGCUCCAACUCCCUGGUCAAUGUCAGUCCAAACCCACCCACGUGUGGGUCAAGCCCUGCCAGCUUCCACCAAACUUUCCCCAACUUCACCUCUGGGAAUGUGAUCUUUCACACGGCCGGUGCUGUUCCGCUUUCAUCCACUGGAGGGCUCUUGCAUCCCUUCAUGUCCAGUGGUUUCGUCCAGCCGACUUAUUUUAAUCCACAUCUAUAAAAGAACCCAAGACUGAUAUGACAAAUCUUUACGGGAACAAAAAAGCAACUGAACAUUAAGCCUACUGCCCAGAAUCAUUGUAACUGUUGCAUUGAUGCCAUAUCAUGUUCUACAAACUGACGGGAAAAGGAGGCACCUGUCAGGUACCAUUACCAUUUUUCCCUACUGGGGUACCUUUAAAGAAGUUGAAAGCUUCCUUAUAAACCUCCAAAUAAGCUGUUGACUGUCUUUAAUCUUUUGUCAUGGACUUUUUCCAAAACUUGAACAUCAUAACAAAAGGCCAAAUAAGUGAUCUGUGACUGAGCCAAACAUUAGUGCUCCUUUAUAGCUCUGUUAAAAGACUGCACCACUAUGCACUCAUUGUCUGUCCUUUGUCUGUUUGCUGAAACACCUGCUCACACUGUGUAUUUGACAGCUCAUACAGUAUCAUUUUCUGCAUCUCUGCAUUGUCUUUGUCUCAAACUGUGGCAUAUUGCAACCAUCCAAUACCCAGCUGUGUUUCUACCUCUCCCGGGCUUGCACAGCUUACGUCUGCUGCCAUUUAUACAGCAUUAUCAGUGUAACUUAAUUAAAAAAAACAUAAAACA